AUAUUUUUUUCCAAAAUGAAAUUCAUAAACAAUAAUAAAAUUGUAGCAAAAACAAGCUACAUAUCAAUAUUAUUAAUAUUAUUAUCAAUAUCAAAUAGUCAUGCAUAUUUUUUAACCACUGAUUCAAUUGAACAAAUUGAACAAAAAUAUGAAACAAUUGAUGAUCAUAAUAAUAAUCAACAACAAGAAACAAUGCAAGCAUUAAGUAAUGAUCAAUCAACACAACAAAUUGAUCAAGAUAAUUUACAACAACAACAACAACAACAAAUAAAUAAUUUACAACAUCAACAACAACAACAACAAUUAAUGAUGAAUAAUCUGCAUCAACAACAACAACAUUCAACAUUAACUAUGAAUGAACAAAAUCGUUUAAAUGAAAUUUAUAAUCGUUUAGCAAAUCAAGCACAAUUAAUACCAAAAAAUUAUAACGAUGGCGGUAACAGUGUUAAUGGUAAUGAUGAACAACAAGCAUCAGCAUCAAAUUAUGAUGAACAACAACAACAACAACAACAAACUGCUGCAUCAUCACAAGCUGGUUAUGGAAUGUAUCAACAAAAUUCUGAAGGUGUAUCAAAAAUAACACAAAUUCCACAAGGUUCAAUGUUUGCUUUCCCGGAUAAAAAUGGAAAAUUAGAAUUCGAAUCAAUGUAUGCUAAACAACCAUAUUCAAUUGUAUUUCGUACACAAUCAAUGCCGGUUAAAAUUAAACAACAACAUCAAACAUUACCGGCACCAGAAGUUGAAUUUGUCCGUUCACAAGAAGAAGCACAUCGUAUUAAACAUGAAGUAAUACGGCCGGUUAUACAAGAAGUUCAUGAAAUUAUACAACCAUAUCGUCGUGUUGUACAAGAAGUACGUCCGGUUAUUGAAAAUGUUCAUACUAUUGUUGCUAAAGGUGAACCAAGACAAGGUGGUGGUGGUGGCGGAGGUGGUAAUGGUGGUGGAGGCGGUAUGGGAAAAACAAGAGGUGGUGGCGGAGGUUAUCCAGAUAAUAUGAGCGGAAGUUAUAGUGAACAACGUGUUAGAUUUAUGGCUAUACCAUCGGAUGAAAUGCCACCGCAAUCACCGCAACCACAACCGCAACAAAGAUUACGUCAUCAACGAUCAUCACCAUAUCCAACUGACUAUCAUCAUAAUAAUCAUCAACAUUAUUCGAAAAAUUAUCGUGGUCAACAAUCAUACAUCAGUGAAUUACGGCCACAACGUUAUAUUCAACGACGAUAUUGGGAUCGAUAUUAAAUCAAUUGAAAAUGAAGAAAAA